AUGGAUGCUACACGUGAAAUAGGGGAUAGAAAUGAAGACGGUGAACUCGUGGAUGAACCCACAGAUCAGACGGAUGCUGGUCGUGAAUACGAAACAGAUCCUGACUAUGAUGUUUCCUACGAUGCUGACGUCGAAGAGGAAUGGACAGAUGCAGCUCGUGAGUAUGCCACAGAUGCUGCCUAUGAGGAUGACUGGUAUUCGAGGCGUUACUUGUUUUGUCCUCAUCCCGAAAUGAGACAUUUCUAUGCCCGGAUGCUGACGUAUGCUUGGUGGUCCAUCCAGAUGAGGCAAAAACCAAAGGAACUUGCCAAGGACAGUUUUUACUACACUGGAAACCACGAUGCUGCCAUGUGCUUCUGCUGUGGUCUAUGCGCCUACCGAUGGAAGAAGAUGGGCGACCCAGUGAUGGAACAUUAUAGACUCUCUCCAAGAUGCCCCUAUGUGAACAACGUGUUCAGACAUUAA